GGAUGGCGCGCCUGUCGGGUACGCCAAAGUUCAGUCAUUUUGUGCAUCUUCUAGUUCCUUGAGGUAUUCUGGGCGGACCCUGAAGAAAUUUGAACCGGUUUCCCUUUUGUACUCAGCGACAAGUUCCUUCAUAUCUCUAUACUGCCUUUGCGACCCCGUCCUGGGGCUGCAACUAGUUGACUGGGCCCGCGUCAUUCAGUGGCUCAUUCACUCAGCUCCAACUAGCUGUCUUCAAAAAAGCCCAAUCUGAGAUUCAUAUCUUCAGACUUGACUCUGCAAUUCGCCCUUCGUCGAACCCACCCUCCGCCAUAAUGGCGUCCCAAGCUCCCGGAUCCUCGGCGCCAUCUUCAAAUAUCAACUCUCCUCUUCUCCCACCAGGCAAUGGCCCCCUCCUGAACGGCGCAUUGUCCGACUUGAAUAGCCGAUCCUCUCCAGCCCCCGCCAGCAAUGCAUCGGUACAGGGUGAUGCAGCUCGCGCGAAGCGCAACAAGCGAGAUAGUCGCAAAAAACGCGAAGCAAAAGGCCUAGAUCCGGAAAGCGCACCGCCACCCAAGAAACGCGCAACGGCUGCAAGCAUUGCCCGUCCCAGCUCGGAACUUUCGAUUCUCCGUCCAUUGCUACUCGCCGAGCCACGGGCUUCAGAUCGGUUCCCUCCACAACCGCGCCAAUUCAAUCUUGUUACAAGCAAGAGCUCACAGGUGCUAGGUCAAACCUGGGAUUUUUAUGAGGUUGUCGAUAAACUCACCAACAAGAACGGCUUCCGCUACAGUUACGCAAUUGGUGAUCCGGGCUUUCCUCAUAUCAAGUACCGACAGACCGACGUCCAACCCUAUCACACACGCUUUAGCUUCGAGGACUCUCCCGCUGCGAUUUCCUUCUCGCAAGAUGCUAGGGCGGUAACCACAAGUGAUGCGUGGCAUACCGCGCGCGCCAACGUGUGCGCUCGGGAGGGAUCAUAUUAUUACGAGGCGCGGGUCAUUAGUGGCCGAGUCAAUAACGCACAAGCAGCUCCCCAAAAAGGCGGCCCUGGAGCAUCUCCUCGUGGGCAUGUCCGACUCGGUUUCGCUCGACGUGAGGCGGAUCUGGAUGUCAACGUGGGUGUCGACUGCUACGGAUAUGGCAUCCGGGACGUCAACGGCGAAGUCGUCAAUCGCAUGCGUUGCGAAUUCUUCUUCCCCAAGGGUGAAGGCAUCAACGAAGGCGAUGUCAUCGGCAUGCUAAUCACUCUCCCUUCCCUAUCCCUGCACAAGAAAAUCGUCGAAGGCACGUACGAUCCCGCUGUUGAUGGCGACGGAUCCGACCCAUCAACAAGUGCUCCUUCAGCCGCCAAUAUCAUCCGAGACCGUAUCCCUUUCCACUACAAAUCCGACUUUUGCUGGCAACAGUCCAACGUCUUUUCUACAAAACACCUUCGCGAUUACGCCUUCAAUUUGAAAGAAACUCCUACAUUCGGGCCUCCCUCCCCGCUCAACAGCGAAGAUCCCACUCUCCGCACAUUGCCCGGUUCCGGCAUAACCAUCUUUAAGAAUGGUGUGAAGAUGGGCACACCCUUCAAAGAGCUGUAUGCUUUCUUGCCUCCAGCGAGCCGUCUCGCCAAUGGCACAAAUAACCUUGGCAUUGGCGAACGUGAGAAUGCCGACGACGGCAUGAUCGGCUACUACCCAGCCGUCAGCUGCUACGGCGGCGGUGCGGUCGAGUGCCGCUUCGAGGGCCCAUGGUGGGUUGGACCGCCCGAGCAAAACGAGCUCGGCGGGCCCGUUCGACCUAUGGGCGAGCGCUUCAACGAUCAAAUCGUCGAGGACGUGGUCGCCGAUAUCGUCGACGAGGUUGAAGCCAUGUUCACCUGGGGCGGUGUCGACGGCGACGUGAUUGGCAAUAACAACACGGAGCUAGACGGUACCGCAUCUAGUGCCAUCGGGGGCACAGAGGUCUUGCAGAAUGGCGUCGGGGCUGCGCUUGCUACGGCCGGCGCGGCUGGGGGUUCUGAUUCUGCGGUGAAUAGUAAUCAAGCCACGCCUGCGGCUAACACGAUGCUGGAGGAUACGAUGAGUGUUGGCACGGCUGGGACACCGAAUCAUGCUGCUGAAGCUCCAGCGGGUGCGGAUGAAGAUGUUGAGAUGACCUGAUGUUGCUGUGCCACGCCUAAAAGCCUAGACUGAGGAGUGUCAUAAGCUGGGCGAAUUCGAGUUGAUACCAUGUCAAUGAAUUUCAAAGAGCCCAACCCUUCUAACAUUAUGAUCAACAUUUGUACGAUAAAAAGCUGGAUGACCCAAUACAAUGCAAUGUACAGAAACAGAUGGUAUCAUUGUAGUCAUACAGAUAUAUAAUAAAAACACGGUCCGAAAGUUAGACCCCUUGGCUGGAACUAACCAUCCAACCUCCUCCCCUCCAGCAACUCACCGACCUUCAUCACCAACUCAUCAUCGCCAUACUGACCAAUUACCUGAAUACCAGCCACCUCAUCCGCCUCUGUAUUCUGCUCAGACUCGGCCACCGUCACGGGCACCGAAAUAGCAGGCAAUCCAGCCAGACUAGCCGGGACCGUGAAAACAUCAUUCACGUAUGCAUCCAAAGGCGACGAGCCAGCCGAAACAUCCGACAAUCGCGGUGGUGCGGACGGCGCGGUGGGACACACAAUGAUAUCUACAUCCGCCGCCGAUGAAUGCUCUGUUUCCGAUGCCUCUGCCGCAGCGAAUGGAUGCGCAGCCGCAAAGACGGUAUCGAAGUCCUGCUGAACCAGUCGACGCACUCGCUGCGCUUGGAUGAAAUAAUUGUCCAUUGCAUCCGCACUCAAACUGAACGUGCCGAGGAGGAUACGGCGCUGCACCUCGGCACCAAAACCAGCGCCACGAGUGUUAGCGUAGAGAUAGCCAUCUUGCUGUCUAGUGCUAUCCGGUCCCUCGGCACGCGUGCCGUAUCGGACACCGUCAUAUUUGGCAAGGUUCGAGGAUGCCUCUGCAGGUGCGAGGACGUAGUAUGCGGAGAGGGCGUGUUUGGUUGCUGGUAGAGAUACGGGGUGGAUGGUAUGUCCUUGGUCUUGGAGGUGAGCUAGAGAUAGAAGCCAUGCUCGGCGGAUAGGUGGUGUGAGCUCGGAGAUGUUGUAUUCUAGUGGGACGCCGAUGCGGAGUGGGGAUGAUGUUAAUCGGGAUGCGAGCCGUGGUGUUUGAAGGUGGGAGAGAAUUCGGGAGCGUGAGGAAGAGGUGAUGCUGGUUGGGUCGCGGGCAUCGUGCUUGUUGAGGAUGGCU